CUGAAAUCAAAACUAAGCACAAGCAGGAGUAUGAAAUGCUCUCAGAGUGAAAGAGCAGAGGACUUGUCCAGUUUGGAACAGGCUUUUGAAAACGCUCUUAGAGUGGUAUGGGACAGAAAGCCAAAAGGUUACUGGUCCAGCAUUGAAAAUCUUGCUAAUGAGCUUGGAAGGUUGAUAGAAAGAUACGACUCCAUUCCCUCUACGGCGGAAUUACGCCAAAGAAAGAAAUCAAGUCUCAUAAAAGCCAUAGCGGACUUUGGAGGACGCAAAGUACUAGCUGACGUAAUGGGUGUAAGAGCGAAAAGACUAAAGUGGACGGAGCCUACUUUUCGACGAGAGAGUCAAGAGUAUUGUUUUGAUAAAGAGAAACAUGACUUAUUCGAGAGACUAAAGUGCCUCCGUGAAGCUUUGUCAAUUAUUUCCUUUCGAAAAUAUGGUGUGUUCAACAGGAUACCUUCACUGAAAGCUUUAGAAAGGAUGAGACUGUCAACUGUGUUGAAAGAAAUACAAGAACUAGGAGGGCUCGCAAGGGUAGCAUCUCUCAUCAAUUUCAACGUUGGAGAGAAAGACUUCGACGAGGUUGCUUGCGAGUUGCUUCAAAUUGGUGCUUCUCUAGGUUACCGAUUCCCUACAAUGAAGGAACUCAAUCAGAUGGGUAGAAGUGACUUGCGCCGUGCAGUUUCACUCUAUGGGGGAGUUUCUGUUGUAGCACAAAGGAUUGGGCUCCAAGUUUUGGUGAAGGCUGGUCGACCACCAGGAGACCAUUCCGCGAGAAAGCCACAAAGGUUGUGGUCUAGUGAAAAGCUAUUGAAUGCUCUCAAGGAAUUUCAAAAGGAUACAAUCGUUCUUCCAUCAGCAAACGAAUUAGUAUCAUUGGGUCGUUUUGACAUAUUGUAUCAAAUACGAGCACGAGGCGGUCAUCGGAAAGUUGCCUGUCAAUUAGGUUUGAAGUCACGUAGACAAACGAAAUGUAUUUGAUUUUGGUAAUGAAGGUUUCGGCGACACU